CCAGUAUGCCAGUAAGCGCUCCAUAGUAGCCGCGACGGACGCGCCGCGACCUACCCGUCAUAUCGAUCGCGUCCAGUCACCAAUCUCUGUGUAAAUCGCGAUAAUAUUGUUUUCGUCACUGGCAAUACGCAUGGUUUACACUUAAAAAUGAAAAGCGGCUAGUGAAAGUUGGUAAACAGUUUUUGGAACGCUUGUCAAAGUUGAUGCCCUUUUUUACAUUCCGUAUUAGAACGCCGAAAUGAAGGAUAAAAAGCUCCGCGAUGGCGCUCAUGAGGCCAUGCUCGGCGCCGCUAAGAAGCCAAAAAUCACAAAGACCAAAGAAACCCAGGAGGCGGAGAAAUCUGAAGAGUACGAGGCUCUGCAGAGCUUCUUGCGCAGCAUCAGCUCCACCGCCACCCUCCCGCCAUAUGUUAAGGGGGAAACGUUCUCUUCGUAUCGAGGAGUCUUUAACCAGUGCCUCGUGACGUGCGCCGUUUUAAUUCUGGCCGCGGGGGCGGGACAUCCCAUCGGCUUCUCCGCCGUCGCGCUCCCGCAGCUCAGGAACGAGACUUCCAACAUGAGGAUAGACGAAGAUAUGGGAUCGUGGAUCGCCAGCAUUCACUCAGCCGCCACGCCCCUUGGUUCAAUGGUCUCCGGCCCCAUAAUGGAGUUCAUCGGCCGGAAGCGCACGCUACAAAGCUGCACGCUACCCCUCAUCAUAGGGUGGAUCAUCAUAGGCACGUCCAUACACAACGGCAUGCUGCUGUUCGGCAGAGUUCUCUGUGGUUUCGCUGUUGGAGUCAUGGCAGCGCCUUCACAGGUUUACUUGGGCGAAAUAGCCGAACCGCGGCUGCGAGGCCUGCUGAUCGGAGCGCCGUUCGUGGCGUAUUCCUUGGGCGUUCUCUACGUUUAUGCCCUGGGCGGGGUACUGCCAUGGCGGUCCGUCGCUCUGCUGUCAAUAGUGCUCCCAGGGUUAGCGGUUGUGGCGCUCUGCUUUUCACCCGAGAGCCCUACGUGGCUGGCCAGGCAGGGCCGGUUCCACGAUGCCAUGGCUGCGAUGGCUCGCCUGCGCGGUGAUCCUGAUAUUGCUCAGCGCGAACUCCACGAGCUGAUAUCAGCUCGGGAGAAGGAAAAAGCGAGGGGAGAGCACAGCAUCCGAUUCUUCGCGACUGUGACCCGCGCGCCGGUGCUGAAACCAUUGCUGCUGAUCAACUUGUUCAACAUGCUGCAAAUUCUGUCCGGCAGCUAUGUGGUCAUAUUCUACGCGGUGGACAUGGUCAGGGACUCGGGCGGUGCGCUCGAUCCUCAGGUGACCGCCAACGCGAGCGCCUUGGUCCGCCUCUGCGUCACCGUGGUCGCGUGCGCGCUGCUCAUGCGCCUGACCCGGCGCGUGCUUGUCAUGAUCUCGGGCAUCGGCACCGCCGUAUGUACCCUUUCCCUCACCUACGUGUUGUCCCAGGGAACCGACGGCUACGCCGCACCGAUCCUCAUACUGUCCUACGUAGGUUUCAACACCUUAGGCUUUUUCCUCCUCCCCGGCCUAAUGAUAGGCGAACUCCUCCCUACCAAAGUACGCGGCCUGUGCGGCGGCUACAUAUUCUGUCUCUUCAACGCAGUCCUAUUCGGAUUCACUAAACUUUACCCGGUCAUGAAAGACAAGAUUGGCAUGACGGGUGUCUUCGGGCUUUUCGGCGCGUCAUCCUCACUCGCUACUGUAGCCCUAUUCCUUUUACUGCCAGAGACGAAGGGCAAGUCUCUGUUGCAGAUUGAACAGUAUUAUCAGAAACCUAACUUUUUGUGGGUGACGAGGAAAAAAGCUGCGAAUAACCAAGAGGUUUGAAUUGCAGUAGAAUAAUUGUAGUGUGAAAUGUACUUAAGUGAAACUUUGGACCACUGACAAUGAAAAUAUGUAUAACUUAUUUAUUAUACAAGCAUUUUAACUAGGUAUACUGGGAGCACGAUUUUUUAUUGACACACAAACAUAUGUAUUAUGUA